CAAUUAUCCAGCCGAUGGAUCAAGGCAUUAUUGCGACUUUUAAAAUGUACUACCCCAAAAAAACUUUUCAGUGCAUUAUGGAAAAACUGGAGGAAAAUCCUGAAUUGGACUUCACCAAUGCUUGGAAAAAAUUUUCUAUCAAGGAUUGCAUCUUGUACGCGUCAAAAGCAAGUUCUGAAUGUGUUAAAAGUGGUAUGUCCGUGACAAGCAAUUCAACUACUUAUUCAGAUAUCAUUGAUUUAGCAAGCUCCGCGGCAGGGGAAAUUCUUGCAGAUAUGACGAGAGAAGAUAUCGACGAGAUUCUUCUAGACCGAGAGCUCGAUGAUGACGAUUUAAUUGAAAUAGCUACGGAAGUAAUCGAAUCCGAAAAUGGCAGCGACACCGAGAUAGACGAGCGUCCAAUUAAAGCAGAGACGAUUAAGCAAGGUCUUAAACUUGCAGCAGAAUUGGAAAAUUAUUUUGUAGCAAAUGAUACUGAUGCCGAGCGUGUACGAAUUUUUCAAAAAGAAUUGAGUCUCUGCAUGUUAAGAUAUAAAGAACUACAUCGGAAUUUAUUGGGUCCAAAAAGAAGCAUUCAAACAAAAUUAACUGAAUUUACGGUGCAAACUCAGUCGGAAAUGCUAAGUCAAUCAGAGCAUCAAUCCAUAGUUCUUACUAUUGAUUCUGAUACAAAUUCUAGUGAUAUCAGUGCAGGUCAUCAAAAUAAGCGGGAAAGGAAAACUAACCAUUUUUACGCGAUUUUUUUUACGCGAUUAUUGGUUCUGCCAAAAGGACUGAGUGUACUAAUACCGCAUAAGAUUUCGUGA